AUGGCUGCCGGUGAGGCCGUUCUGAGCGAGCUGCUCGCGGUGCUUCGCGUUGCCACAGCUUCCGUGGCUACCGGAGUGCUCUCCUUCGUGGUCCCUUGGCAGAUCACUCGGGCCGUGUCUAUACACUUGGGCCCAGAGGCCUUGGCUGCCUAUGCCCUCGGCCAGCUGACCGGGAACCUGACCGGGCGCAGCAUCGUGAAUGGCUUGCUCUUGGCCUUCGACACCUUGGGGGCCCAAGCCUUCGGCCGCGGUGAUUUCCGUGAGGUUGGUGUGCUAAUGCUACGCACAGUGCUUCUCGCCGUGUGCCUCCUCACACCGGUGGCCUUGUCCUGGUCCUGGGCCGAGCAGUGCUUCCUCGUGCUCGGUCAGGAGCCGUUUGUGGCAUCCUACGCGGCGCGGUACCUGCAGAUCUUCCGCUUCAGCAUAAUUCCCUUGGCACUGUUUGAGGUGUCUCGGCGUUUUGCAUUGAGUCAGGGCGUCGCCUGGCCUUUCACGGCUGCGACAUUGGCUUCCAACGCCUUCGUGGCCUUCGCAGCAACACCGAUGCUGCGCCUCUGGGGCUUCGACGGCAGCGCCUUGCUCAACCUGGCGGCGGUCAGCGUUCAGGCUGUCACAGGCUUGGCAUACAUGGCCAUCCGCAAGCCUGGAGAAGCAACCCAGGCCUUUCCCGGGCUUUUUCGGGGACUCGGCGAGGCGGCUGCCAAAGAUGGGCUCUGCCAGUUCCUGAAGCUUGCGGUGCCUGGAGUUCUCUCCAUGACGGAAUGGUGGUUUUGGGAAGUCACCUGCUUCCGUGCCGGAGUCUUCGGUGCAUCCUCCCUGGCAGCGCACACGGUGGUCUACAUGGCUGUGCCGCUCCUAUUUCAGGUGCCACGAGGUGUUUCGAUGGGCUAUGCUGCCCGCGCCGGAGCACUCCUGGGUGAAGGCCGCGGCAGGGCCGCCAAGAAGGUGGCCUUCAUAGGCCUUGCCAUGGGGGUGAUGCUCGUCCUCGUGGAUGCGAUGCUAAUGUGGGUGGCACAAGAGGAGUACAUCGCGCAGAUGGCAGGCUCCUCGAAGGAUUUGACAGACACCUGUCGCAAGAUUUGGCCGUUUGUCAUCUUCUUCCUCAUUGUGGAUGGGCUAUUUCCCUUGAACCAAGGAAUAUGCAACAUCCAUUCGCAUCAGGGUCGAGUUUCCGUCUCAAUGAUUCUCAGCCUUUGGAUCGUGGGUGUGCCAGUCACUCUCUCCAGUGCCGACCUGCUCAGUCUUUGGAAGAUCUUCCCCCUCUGCUACAUCCUCCUGAAUGCCCUGUUGAUUUUGUCCUUUGCCUUCUCCGACUGGGACUUGGCCGCUCAGCGUGCGUCGCACAAGGAGUGCUCCCCAGCGUGUUCUGCAAUUCGCUUGUUACCAAGUGCAAGAGCAAGCCGCGCUAUGGCGUUCCCCGCAGUUCGUCAUUUCCAAAUGAUGUGGGAAGGUUCUUGUGAGAAUUGUCCCCGGUGGUUCGGCGGGGAGAUACGUAUUGCAUUGCCAUAG